GCUUAGUGACAAAAAGCAAAGUGUACUCCUCAACAUAAAUUUGACAAAAAAAAUAUAUAAGCAAAACCCCAAAUUGUUGUUAUCAUAAAGCCUAAAAAGUUACACAUCAAACAUAGAAAAUUUAAUCAAGUGAAUAUCAAUAAAUAAAAAAAGUGUACUAAAGUGCCAAUUAGCAAGACGAUUCCGGUGAAAUGGCGCCACAACAACAGCAGCAACACCACCAACAAAACUCAACAUUCAUUAAUGACAAUUCUGACACAUGUCCAUCGCUUUUGAAUUUGCCUGAUAGCCCAAUACUGCCGCUCAAACAUCAACAUUAUCGCCAAUAUCCAGACAACACUAACAACAAUAGGCUAAGUGCUGAGCAUUGGAUGAAUACAGAAGUAACAACUCCAACUGCAGUAAGAAAUGAGCCACACAAGGAUUCCAGUCGCCGCCCUAACCACCGUUCCAUAUCUCUAUAUGGCGCUAACAGUACUAGGAAACAAUGUAAUAAGGAAUUGCCUAUUUGGCUAAACAAUAAUGAACUGCGCUAUGUAUCAGGCGUAACAUACAAAACCACAUGCAAUGAUAUAAUCAAAGCGUUGAUUGAUGACCAGUUUGGAAUUAGUAAUGCGCACAAUUCCAAUAUCAACAAAAAAUUACCUAAUGACAUCAACGAAAAGUUAGCAGCAGAAUUGCGUGACUACAAUCAUUAUGUUAUAACGGAACGUUGGCGUGGUAUCGAGCGUGGCUACGAUGGCAAUAUGGCCAUUUUGCCCGUUUGGCGAGCUUGGAGCCGUGUGCACAAUGAGUUGCGUCUAUCAUUAAAACAUCGUCAAAAGAUCAACGAAUCGACAUCCACGCAAUUUAUGGAACUUACUCGACCUGCGCCGGACAGUUUUUCUAUUUUCAAAUGGCUCAAAAGAAUUUUUUAUUUUGGCAACAAAUCAAAGCUCAAAACCAAUGACAAAACUCGCACAAAAUCAGUCAAAGCUGUCAAUAAAAUUAAAGAGAAAUGUUUACCAGCCAAAAUAAAGGAAGAAAGGUCAGAUAAACUGCUGCGGGUUAUACUACCUGAUCAGCAUUACGAAGAUCCACAGACCAACAAAAAUAUCAAGGCUGAGUUAAAACACAUGAUGAAAGCCAAGGCAACACAGCGGGAACAUGCCCAACAAGGAAAACUUAUCAAUAGUAAUUGCAUUAGACAUCAUCGUAAGAAUGCUCCUUUGCGAAAUAGUUUGCGAAACAAACUGGCAACACUCCACACUGAGAUGAAUAUGAGAUACAACAGGGAAUAUAAACUUACGCGGCAGCUAACUGCGAUGUACAAGCAUUACACACUGCAAAACAAGCAAUAUUUGUGUACAAAAAUGGAACUUUCCGUGGGUCAUCUACAGCAUAACAUUGAAGGCUAUGCUGUGGAUAUUAUUAAAACGGAACGCGAGCUUCUCGAGCUAAGAAACGAAAUCAAACGACAUAUAUCGUUGAUACACAACAUGAAGCGAAUGACGAUAGAACAGUACUGUGGUAUAAAGCCUACAACAAUAAAAAUGAGUGAUUGCACAGUAGGAGUGCUGACUGAGAAUUCUCCAGGUAUACCUCAAGAUGCUAAAAUUAUAUGCGAAACACCGUUAGCUAAUAACAUUCAUGAAUUUUACGAUAAUAAUCCAAGCAUGUUACUUUAAUUUUAUUGAUUCUGAAACCUUUUAGCUAUUUAAGCUCGCAUUAUAAAUAUUCACUAUUAUUCAUACUGUUAAUAUUAUUCAUACUAUUAAUAUUUCUCA